GUCCAUUGUCUAAGGUGAGGGUAGCCGGCCAAAGGUUUGGACUGUCACGUGUGUGUCUGUGUGAGGGGGAGGUAGGCGAGGAGAGGGGGAGACAGGUCUACAGAGAGCGAGCGAGAGAGAGAAGUUGGCCAGGUGUAUCGAAGAGCGUCUCACUCGGUGCUGGUCAUGACCGCAGCUCGAUGCAGAUAGGUGAGAGAAGAAGGGUGAAGUCGGAGUGAGAGAAGAGAAGUCACCGGACACAGGAUGGUGAGGUGUUGGAAACGUUCAGAAACCACCGGGUUGGAGGAUUCACAACGCAUGGACGAGGGUCCAACAGUGUCCUGCCAGUUCCCACACAAGGCAUUCUGGGUGACCCUCAGUGCCACUCUCCUCCUGGUCAUCAUCGCCCUCGGUGUCAGGGGGCAUCUAUGGGUCAGACAGCCCGACGCACAGGUUGUCAGAAUCACAGUUCCGGAUCUGACUGGAACCCUGAUCAAACAAUCAGCAUUGGUGGACAAGCACAACGACCUGGUGACCUAUACUGUGACCUCACCGGCCAACCACACAUCCACCGUGCUCUUUGACAUCAAACAUGGUUUGAUAUGUUACAAACCUAUGAACCAGGAGAAUUGCUACCUGAGUAAGAUGGAGAAAUCUGACUAUGAAAACAUGCAGUCCCUUCUCCAGCAGUCAAUGCAAACGGAGGUGUUGUUGGGGAAUGAGACCCAGAGACAGACAGAGUUCCUGGGGGUGAUGGGGGGCAGUCAGGUUGAUGUGUCCACCCUGGAGGAGCCUCUACAGGCCCUGUGUCGACAGGGCUCCAUCCACUGGACCAGGAGACAAGACGGUGAGAGUGUCCGUCACAUUUAUAGCUACAUGCUAAAUACACAUUCACACAAUGAUGUACAUUUAUGUAACUGUGGACUGUUUUAUUUUAAAGUGGGUCCAAUUUUACAUUAAAUUCUGGGAUAAAUCAAUAGUCAUAUUUCAUACAAAGGAAAGACCAGGGGCUCUUUUGUAAAACAACUGAGGGAGAGCUUGCUCCCUGUGUCUUUGUGUGUUGGCAGCUCUUUCCAGAAUAGGGCAGAGUGAGAAACAUAAUCCUAAACUACUGUGCUGUGUGACCUUUGCAGUGUCGCAGCAGUAAACUUAGACUGUUACUCAAGUAGUAUUUUACUGGGUGACUUUUACUUGACAUUUUCUAGUAAGUAAUCUUUACUUUUACUCAAGUAUGACAAUUGAGAACUUUUUUUCAUCACUGCAAAACCCCAAAGUAUGCAAGCCAACUACCAUUGUUAAUGGAACCGUAUUUCCAGUUUUACUCACCUGGGGAUUCAGAGUAGCCAUCAGUGCUCUCUGCUAUUUACAUUUACAUUUAAGUCAUUUAGCAGACGCUCUUAUCUAUAGUACGUGUUAGAUAUUACACUGGUGAUCUUCCUGCUACAGUUAGUUAGCAUAAUGCUAAAUAGAAGUGCUGUGUGACCUUUGCAGUGUGCCAGAAGUAAAUAAGAAGCACAACCUUUAGGCUGAACUCACUGCUAUUUUUACUUUACGCCACUUGGGUUUUUAUUGGUCUUCGCUACCAAACUGCCUGUUUAGUAACAAACCCUCUCUCUCUCUGAAGGUCCAGGUAAACAGCGUCUGGUCUACUUCUGUAUUGACAUCUGCUUCCCUAGUAACAUCUGUGUGUCUGUCUGCUUCUACUACCUGCCGGAGUGACCUGCCAUCACCCCACUCUCAGGCAGCACAUACCAACGCUGAUCAGGGAAACAAAGUGAUCCUUCUCAUCCCUGCUAAGUCGCCGGCUGCAAAAAAAAACCUAUUUGAAUACAACCGGGGAACAGCAGCCAGCUUUGACUCAAUACUGCAGCUACCUUAGUCCCUUCUAAGCUUUCGCCCCAGUCCUUUCCAUUCCGAGGGACGGAAACAAGCUGUCAAGUUUAUCUGCAGACUCCCCUCGUCACCCUCCCUUCAUGUUUAAUAACUUCCCUUGUGGCAGUUUUGGAGAGUAUAAGAGUCCAUUUUUUUGUGCUUGUUAUUUCCUGUACUACAACCCACAGCAGAUGAGUCAUUGUGUGUGUAACCAUUCCUGUUUAUUGGAUUGUGUUAAAAUGACUUGAUCCCUCCAAUAAAGAACAGUUGUGUAAAAUA